UUAACAAACAAUUUACAGUAUUUACCAGUUUAUUAUUUUAUUUGAUAUUUAUAUUAUUUAAACUAAGAAUAAGUACAGAAAUAAAAUAUUUUGUAAUUCUUCAACUUUUGAUUUCUAAUUGAAAAUGUCUGUACCGCCGCAAGCUUUUGUAAAUAAAAACAAGAAGCAUUUUCUUGGUAUUCCAGCUCCUCUUGGUUAUGUAGCUGGUGUUGGUAGAGGUGCCACAGGUUUCACUACAAGAUCUGAUAUUGGUCCAGCCAGAGACGCAAAUGAUGUAUCUGAUGAUCGCCAUGCUCCACCUGCAGCUAAACGCAAGAAAACAGAGGAAGAAGAUGAUGAUGAAGAUUUAAAUGAUUCCAAUUAUGAUGAAUUUUCUGGAUAUAGUGGCUCUCUCUUUUCAAAGGAUCCAUAUGAUAAAGAUGAUGCCGAAGCUGAUGCUAUUUACGAAUCCAUUGACAAGAGAAUGGAUGAAAAAAGAAAGGAAUAUAGAGAAAAACGUUUAAAAGAAGACUUGGAGAGAUAUCGUCAAGAAAGGCCAAAAAUCCAACAACAAUUUUCAGACCUCAAACGUGAAUUGAAAACGGUCUCUGAGGAUGAAUGGGCUGCAAUACCGGAAGUGGGUGAUGCUCGCAAUAGAAAGCAGCGAAAUCCCAGGGCUGAGAAGUUCACACCUCUUCCUGACAGUGUGCUAUCAAGGAACCUUGGAGGGGAGUCAACAACUUCCAUUGAUCCUGGCUCUGGUCUAGCUUCCAUGAUGCCUGGUGUUGCUACACCAGGCAUGCUGACACCUUCAGGUGACUUGGAUUUAAGAAAGAUUGGACAGGCAAGAAACACUUUAAUGACAGUGAAGCUAUCACAAGUGUCGGACUCAGUGACUGGACAAACGGUUGUAGACCCUAAAGGUUACUUAACAGAUCUACAGUCUAUGAUUCCAACAUAUGGUGGGGAUAUCAAUGAUAUUAAGAAGGCUAGACUUCUGCUGAAAUCUGUGAGAGAAACAAAUCCCAAUCAUCCACCUGCAUGGAUUGCUAGUGCAAGACUUGAAGAGGUUACAGGUAAAGUGCAAGCGGCUCGCAACCUUAUAAUGAAAGGGUGCGAAGUGAACCCCAGUAGCGAGGAGCUCUGGCUCGAAGCUGCUCGAUUGCAACCCAGAGAUACAGCGCGGGCGGUCAUUGCGCACGCGGCGAGGAACUUGCCGCACAGUGUAAGGGUUUGGGUGAAGGCGGCCGAUCUGGAACAAGAGACAAAGGCGAAACGUCGCGUAUACCGCAAAGCUCUCGAACACAUUCCAAACUCGGUCCGUCUCUGGAAGGCGGCCGUUGAACUUGAAAACCCGGAGGACGCUCGUAUAUUACUGUCCAGAGCAGUGGAAUGUUGUCCCACCAGUGUGGAGCUUUGGCUGGCUCUGGCAAGACUGGAGACAUAUGAAAAUGCUAGGAAAGUGUUAAAUAAGGCCCGGGAGAAUAUACCCACAGAUAGACAGAUUUGGGUCACAGCUGCUAAGCUGGAAGAGGCACAUGGCAAUACACACAUGGUGGAGAAAAUCAUAGAUCGUGCAAUCACAUCGCUGAGCGCUAAUGGUGUGGAAAUUAACCGCGAACAUUGGUUCAAAGAAGCAAUGGAGGCGGAGAAAUCUGGGGCCGUACAUACGUGUCAAGCAAUUAUUCGAGCUGUGAUUGGACAUGGCAUUGAACCAGAAGAUCAAAAGCACACUUGGAUGGAGGACGCAGAAGCGUGCGCGAACGAGGGCGCGUACGAGUGCGCACGCGCAGUGUACGGGUACGCGCUGUCAGUGUUCCCGUCCAAGAAGUCCAUCUGGCUGCGGGCCGCGUACCUGGAGAAGCAGCACGGCAGCCGCGCCAGCCUCGAGGCGCUGCUGCAGCGCGCCGUGGCGCACUGCCCCAAGAGCGAGGUGCUGUGGCUGAUGGGUGCCAAGUCCAAGUGGCUAGCUGGCGACGUACCGGCGGCGAGAGGCAUCCUGUCCCUCGCUUUCCAAGCGAACCCCAACUCGGAGGAGAUCUGGCUGGCGGCCGUCAAGCUCGAGAGCGAGAACAAGGAGUACGACAGAGCGAGACGGCUGCUCGCCAAGGCGCGAGCGUCCGCGCCCACGCCGAGGGUAAUGAUAAAAUCGGCAAAACUCGAAUGGGCGUUAAAUAACAUGGACGAAGCGCUCAAACUACUGGACGAAGCCAUAAAGGUGUUCAGCGACUACGCCAAGCUGCACAUGAUGAAGGGCCAAAUCGAGGAGCAGAUGGGCAAAGAUGACGAUGCGCAUAACACUUAUUCACAGGGGCUAAAAAAAUGUCCGACUUGUGUCCCAAUGUGGAUUUUGCUGUCCCGGCUGGAAGAAAAACUCAAACACGUGACCAAAGCCAGAUCGGUGCUAGAAAAGGCUCGCUUGAGGAACCCUAAGAACGCUGAGCUUUGGUUGGAAAGCGUGCGGCUGGAGCGGCGCGCGGGCGGCGCGGGGGGUGCGGGCGGCGCGGGCGGGGAGGUGGCGCACGCGCUGAUGGCGAAGGCGCUGCAGGAGUGCGGCGGCGCGGGCCGCCUGUGGGCCGACGCCAUCUUCAUGGAGGCCCGCCCGCAGCGCAAGACUAAGAGCGUGGAUGCGUUGAAGAAAUGCGAGCACGACGCACACGUGCUGCUGGCCGUGUCGCAGCUGUUCUGGACCGAGAGGAAACUGAACAAGUGUCGCGAAUGGUUCAAUAGGACGGUAAAAAUCGAUCCAGACCUCGGCGACGCGUGGGCGUACUUCUACAAGUUCGAGCUUCUGCACGGCAACGAGCAGCAACAAGAAGACGUGAAGUCUCGUUGCAAAGCGGCGGAACCGCACCACGGCGAGAACUGGUGCAAAGUGUCCAAGGAUAUAGCUAACUGGUGUUUCAGUACGGAGCAGAUAUUGUUGCUAGUCGCUAAAAACUUGCCUGUGCCCACGUAGAAAUUGUUGGAGGUGUUUUUUGUAAGUUAGGUUGGUGCACGAGCGCAUACAAGCCCGAAUUUCUGUGAGGCAACGCCCAGCAACAAGAUUAUCUAGAGUCGUAAUUUUUACAUGUUUUUUUUAAUCUGUCAAAGAUUUUAGUGAAAUGUUGUAAUGAGGAGUUAAAUGGAGUUCAAAGGAAUCCAUACUUAUAUGAGUAAAACGUGGAAUCAAAGCCACUGUGUGGUUUUUUUGCCUCAAUCAAGGUUAUGAGAACAGAAAAAUAGCACUCUAUACAAUAUGACAUGUUUUAAUUUAUAUAGAAAGUCAUACUAGAUAAUUUACAAAACGUAUUGAUUAAGCGAUUGAUGUAUGUUUAAGGUUAGUCGAUGUAUAUUAAGGAUGAAUAAAAUAUUUAAAAAGGA